AUGAAUAAGUUCAUUCUAAUUGCUUUAUUUUUCAUAGUGACAUAAGCCUUAUUUGAGAAUUCUUAUACAAUAAAGAGUGUAUACAAAAUGUAAGACUUUCAUCCAAUUUUGGAAUCAGAUUUUGUAUCACUAGUUUAUUUUUACGCUGAAGAUUGUGAAAAUUGCUAAAUGGCUGCCAGCUUGGUAGAAAAAGUUGCAGAGGAUUAAGAAGGUAUAAUAAAUGUUUUUGGAGCUAAUUGUGAUUAAAUUAACAAGGAUCCAAAUUCUGUGUAAUUUUUAUAUAUAACCUUAGUAAUAAAUUACCAUAUUGCAGUGAGGAUAUGUUAGAUUAAUUACCUUAAAUCUCUUUCUUUGAACCACCUGAACUCAAAAUAAAUCCUUACACUAAAGAACCUAUGAUUGCUACUGAACAUAGAUUUUAAGGUGAAGCUUCUCCAUAAUCUUUGGGUACCUAUGGACAUAAAUUCAUUCCCAAUCAUGUAAUAAGAAUCAACACUUUAGCUGAAUUAAAACAUUUUGAAACAUCUGAUCCAAAACUAAAUAAAGUUAUUUUAUUUACAAAGAAGAAGGAAACCUCACCUAUUUUAAAAUCUCUUAAUUUACAUUAUUAUGAAAGAGUUAAAUUUGGUGAAAUUAUUGCCUCACCAGAAACAUAAACACUCUUAGAUGAAUUUGAUAUUAAAGAGCUUCCAUAAAUUGUUGGCUUAGAAAACAAUGGAGAUAACACUUAUAAUCGUGAGAUGUUUGAUGAUGAUUUGUUGUUUAAACCCAUCAAAAAGUUUGUUAGAAGUUUAGCUGCAAAAGAUAAAAUUCCAUAUGAACAGGUUAAUGAAAAACCUAAAGAAGAAAAAAGAAAUAGAAGAUCAAAAUCUGAUGAUAAAGAAGAUGAAUCACAAAAACCUACUCUCAUUACUCCUGUUAAAUUAGAUUUAAAUGUUUUAAAUAAAUAAUUAUUAAGAAAUGAUAAACCUGCUCUUGUUCAUAUUUACAAAGAUUAAGUUCAUAAAUCAUGGGAUGAUACUCUUAAAAAAUAUAAAUCUUUAUUUGAUUAUUAUGAAUUACAAGUCAACACUUAAUAAGAUGAAGAAUUAGCCAAAGAAUUAAAUAUCAAAAGUUACCCUAGCAUCAAGUUUUAUUAAGUUGGAAAUGCUGGGAAAAAGAAAUCUACUAAAAUUUCAUUUACUAAAGAAUAUAAUCUAGAAGAAAUUAAUAAGGAUAUUCAAGAUUUAAUUGAUGAUAAAACUAUCAACAUCAAUGAAUAAACUCUAUAAAUGUAAUUAAGUUAAUUCAUAGCUGAUAAUAAUAUCGUUGUUAUUUAUUUCUAUUAAACUCCUCUUGUUGGCCUUACUUAUAGAGUACUUAGCUAAUUGCAAGAAUACUAUGGUAAAUAUAAAUUUUUGUCUUUCAAAAAUGCACCUGAAAUGGUAAUUCAAUAAUUCUAAAUUCCAACUUAACCUUCGAUCACUAUAAUCUUUAGGGAAGUGAAAGAUAAAAAAGAACUAGAAGAAGAACUUUUACCUGAAUAAGUCAAAUAAGCCUUAUUUACAGGGAAGCACACUUAUGAAGAAAUUAAGAGUUUUUUUGAUUCAGUAAACUAAAUAUAUAUUUUUAGUUUGAUGAUUCCAAAAAGACCUCUAAUAAAAAAGUAGUUGAAAUCUCUAAUACAGAAUAAUUCAUAGAACACUGUCAUAAAAAAUAGAAAUUGUGUUAUAUUGCUCUUUUAAAUGGAGAACAUAAAUAAUAGAAACAUGAUGAGAUUUUAACUAAAUGGGAAUAUUAAUUGGAGGUUUUAGAUAGAAUUAAAAAUACUCAUGGUGGAAAAUAGGCUUCUUUUGUAUUAAUAGAUGCAUCAUGUCAUGAUGAAGUAUUAUUAAAGUUUGACAUCUCUGAUGAUUCUCUACCAAAUUUUGUUGCUUAUUCAACUUCUAAAAAAAUGUAAAUUUUCCUAUCAUUUUAGCUAUUCUAAAUUGAUUGGCCGAUUUGAUUAUGAGUCAAUAAAUAAAUUUAUUGAAAAAUAGUAUAAAGGCCAAUCUAAUAACAUUGCAAUUUAAGAGUUUGAAAUUUUUGAAAAAAAUUGUGAGGAUGUAUUUGCAAAAAGAAGAGAAGCUAGCCAAUAAUCUGGACUAUCAGAUUUUGAUGAAGAAAUAUUAAAAGAAAUCUUGGAAGAAGAAAAAUAAAGAAAAAAGGAAUUAGAAAAAGAAUUAAAAAAAGGAAAGAAAAAGAAUAAAAAAUCAAAAGAUGACUUAUGAUUUUAUGUCCA